GUCAGUUGCUAACGGUGUUGUAGCGUUGAUGGUUUUAUUUUGUGCUCUUCGUGAAAUACGGUUUCAAUAAAAACUUAUCAUUAAUAUCGAACUUUUCACAUAACAUUAUCUUAUCACGCGUCCUCGAAGAUUAAUCGAUGAUGCAUAAUACUAGCUGCGCCCAAAUUCCAACUGUGUUGUGAUGUGCUACUUUGCGAAUUUUAUUGUAUAGUUGUUUUGGUUGUUAGACACGCGUGAUUUUUAGUGAAAGAAAAUGCCUGGGCAAGGAGAAACUACCGUUUCGGUGCCGCUGACGCCGACGAGAUCCGAUUUGUACUGGCGGAGAAUAUUUAACAAAUACGACCGAGAUGCGGACGGCAAGAUAUCCUACGCGGAACUCAAAGAGAUCAUCGAAUCCCGAGAAUACGAGCACGAUCUACCUGACAACGUAGUAGAAAAGAUUAUGGUUCUGGCAGACAAGGACAACUCUGGACACCUGGAUUUCAACGAGUUUGUUGAGAUGAUGCACAAUCCGGAUUUUAAAGCGGUCUUUGGGCAUUUUGUGGCACGAUAUGUGCAUUCGAUUGUGCCGCAUCGGGGGCCUGUGGACACGACUGGACGGUGGCCUGGGCUCCAGUAUCACUCGACCCGUGAUGGCGGGAUGGGGCCAGGAUUCCUGUACGUGCCGAAAUCUCGUCGUGACGGCACCUACGAAGAGGAGUACUCCUGCUGGCCACCAGCCAUCUGCAUGAUCCUCAUAUCUCUGGUGGAGAUCGUCAUGUUCUGCUACGACGCCGCCCAUGGGAGCACGACAGCUGUGGGACCGCUGGCCAAGAUAUUCAUAUACAACCCGAAUAGGAGGCAUGAGGCGUGGCGGUUCAUCACGUACAUGUUUGUACAUGUCGGCGUCGUUCAUCUCCUAGUCAACCUACUAGUUCAGCUCUUCCUCGGCGUUCCACUAGAAAUGGUCCAUCGCUGGUGGAGAGUAUCCCUAGUAUACUUGGCGGGCGUAGCGGCUGGCUCUUUAGCAACAAGUCUGACGGACCCUCGCGUCCAUUUAGCGGGUGCUUCAGGGGGUGUUUACGCACUUAUAGCGGCGCAUAUAGCUACUAUUAUAAUGAACUGGGCAGAGAUGGAGUUCGCUAUAAUACAGCUUCUAGUGUUCCUACUAUUGGCAGCAGUGGACAUCGGCACAGCGGUAUACGACCGCUAUUGGGGCGUAGGCGUCACUAACAUUGGCUACGUGGCGCAUCUAGCGGGCGCGAUCGCUGGUCUCCUAGUCGGCAUCGGCGUUCUUCGUAACCUGGAGAAGCGCAAAUGGGAGAAACGCCUCUGGCUGGCGGCCGUCAUCACCUACUGCUCGCUCAUGCUGGCCGGGAUCCUCGCCAACAUAUUUUGGGUCAACCACUUCCCUGCAACCCAGCUAUAGAACCUAUAGGACGUAGCGUCAGGUCU